UUUGAUAAUCAAGCCUCUCAAUUCUUCAUUACUUUUCAAAUUCGCCUUACGUAAAUUGUUCGGUUUUCGGAAAAAUUGUGAUUGGGAAAACAUGGUUAUGGCUAAAGAGGGUUUCCCUGACCAGAGGUUGCCGCCGGGGUUUAGGUUUCACCCGACGGACGAGGAGCUGCUCCUGUAUUUCUUGAAGAGGAGGAUCUGCCGGCGGCGAAUUCUCACUGAUGUCAUCGGCGAGACUGACGUCUACAAGUGGGAUCCGGAUGAUUUGCCUGAGCUAUCUAAGUUGAAGACUGGUGACCGGCAAUGGUUCUUCUUUAGCCCCAUGGAUCGAAAAUAUCCGAAUGGUCGCAGGACUAACAGAGCAACCAAGCAUGGAUACUGGAAGACAACUGGGAAGGACCGUACUGUUACGUGUAAUUCUCGUGAUGUUGGUGUUAAGAAAACCCUUGUCUUCUAUAAAGGCCGUGCACCUACUGGGGAACGAACAGAUUGGGUGAUGCAUGAGUAUACUUUGGGUGAAAUGGAGUUGUCAAGAUGCCAAUCUGCACAGGAUUAUUAUGCACUGUACAAGGUGUUUAAGAAGAGUGGACCUGGGCCCAAAAAUGGGGAGCAAUAUGGUGCACCGUUUAAUGAAGAGGACUGGGCUGAUGAUGAAUGCUUUGGAACUAAUCUCCCUGUUGAGCAGGAAAAAUCUAGGAAGAAUGUCAAUGAUGUUGGGCUUAUUAAUGAUCCAAAACCUAAUGAUGUGUUGCGUGACUUGCCUCCCCUGAUAGAUGGUCUUGAGGAAUUCCUGAAGUAUAUUGCAGAUGAACCUUCACUUACAGAAUUGCUUCCCGUUGAUAAUAGUUAUGUGGACAAGCUGGUUGGUAACGAGGAUACUGCAAAUGCUCUGCUGGAUCACUCUGCAGGGGAGGUUUAUUUGCCAGUGCAAACUGCUACUCUUUUUUCUGUCCCACCACUGCAUAAUGAGCAAGCCAACUUCGAUCCGAUACAUUCAUGGACAUUGCAGCCGCAAUUGCAUGAAGCAACUGAGGUCACAUCUGCUCCUGUAGUGGAAGAGGACUUCCUUGAAGAUUUUCUGGAGAUGAAUGAUCUUGAUGGUUCAGAACUCAGUGUUAACCAGAACUUAGAUAAGCCAGUGGAGGUCACAUCUGCUCCUGUAGUGGAAGAGGACUUCCUUGAAGAUUUUUUGGAGAUGAAUGAUCUUGAUGGUUCAGAAUUCAGUGUUAACCAGAACUUAGAUAAGCCAGUGGAGAACUGUGGGAGCCAGCAGGUCGUUGAUUUUGAUGGACUGAAUGAAUUCGAGCUCUACCAAGAUGCAGCUAUGUUCCUUCAUGAUAUGGGGGCUAUUGGAGUGAGUCAAGGUGCUGAACAAGCUACAAAUCAUGUGGCAAAUGGCAUUAUAAACCCAACUGAAGCGAGUCAAAUGAUUAACCAGCAGUUGUAUUUGAACGAGGGUAAUGAAUUCAACCACCAGUUAUGGAGCCAUGAUCUAAGGUGGUGUAGCACAGUGAACCCGACUGAAGCAAGUCAGAGUGCCAACCUUCCGUUGACUUCAGGUAUGGUAUAUGGUAAUCAUUUUGAGGAUCAUCCUGUGGGAGCAAAUUUGAAUCAGAAUAAUAUACAGGAUGAUGCUACAAAUUCAAGCUUCUCUUCUGCUCUAUGGGUCUUUAUGGAAUCUAUACCAGCCACUCCUGCUUCAGAUGCAGAAAGUGCUCUGGUGAACAAGGCCUUUGAGCGAAUGUCUAGCUUCAAAAGACUACGAUUAAAUGCUCGAAACGUUAAAGUUGCUUCAGGUAAUACCUCUGCAACAUCAACGCGUUCCGGCAAGUCUAAAAAUGGAUUAUAUAGAUUAUUUUGUUUUUCUUUAAUUGGAGUGUUGUGUGCCAUCUUAUGGAUGUUUGUUCAUAGGAGCCUCAUAGUUGUAGGGAGAAAGUCUUGCCAUUACUUUGGCAUCUUUAUGAAAUCUAGGGAAAGCAAUAUAAUAGUGUAUUACAAAUGAAAUCUCACUCAAAAGUUUAGGGUAACUGAAGUUACAAUUACCUCGAAAUAGUA